AUGAGCGCUGACUGCAGCAGUUACCACAGCACUGACGGUGCGUUGGUGGACAGCUUCUCUUGCCCCAAACCUGGAAGCUCCGCUGCCGCUGUCUUCUGCUGCGGCUUCAAUGAUGUUAAAUACUGCUGCGAUGAUCCCAACAGUUUCUUUCCGUAUGAGUACGGAUACAUGUGGUGGCUGAGUAUCGGAGCGCUGGUUGGUCUGUCCAUUGCAGCGGUGGUCCUCCUUGCCUUUCUCAUCACGGUGUGUGUCCUCUGCUACCUCUUCAUCGCCUCUAAACCCAGUCGUCUUGACAACGGCCUACCCCUCAGGGUACCAGGAGAUGCCAGCGAGGGGUCCAGCCAUUCGAGAGCGACCCGUGCCUCUGGUCCGCAGGGAUUCAGGAAACACUUCACCAGGAAGCUGGACUGUGACAACCAGCCGCCGGACCCUGAGCGCCUGUUUCAGAGAUGCUUCACAGCCACCGUCACCAGUGUGAAGGUGGAGAGUCCAUCGUAG